CAGUCAUAGAAAGUGUGCACCUGCAAAGCUCUUAUGACCAGUGCCAAAAUCUGUGUUGUGGGAUUAAUAUUAACAUCUGCUCUUGUGUUUGCUUUGUGUAAUUACAUCAUGGAUUGGAAAACCUUGUAAUUGAUCCUCUGUGUCCAAAAUAAUUAAGUCAGUGAUUAUGGUGACCUCUCUUUAGAUGACCCAGCUGCUACCAGUACUUUGUGGGCAUUAGAGACCCACAGCUGUGAAACCCAAAAUCUCCAACAAGAAUAAGUGCAUCCACUCAGGGAUUUUUCAAGUUUUUGGUGUAUUUUGUGGGUGCGGAGAAGAUGGAAAGUAUUUGACGUUAACCGAUGCAGUCAUAGUGAAGUACUAAAUGCUGGGCAGGAUAGGACAUCUGGGAGUGGUGCUAUCUGAGACUUAACCCUUCCUUUCAUUCUUGUUUGGUUUAAAUUUUUGCACUGCAGAAACAUGGAGCCUUGCACACUGACUUCAGAUGAAGAAUAUUCAUCUUUCUCCACAACGAUCCUCAAUCUUUUCAAGGAAAACAAGAAAGAUGAGUUCAAGAAAUAUCUUCGGGAAUACUUUGCCCGGUCCUCUGACCCAUAUAGGGCUGCUGUGGUGUGCAUCAAGCUGUGUCCAGGUCUGUUCAACUCCAAGAGCAAUACUUGUCCUGCAAAUAUACUUGUGGAACUGGAAAGGUACAUAGGAGAAAGUACUAACAAGGAGAAGUUCAGUCACUGCCUUACAGAAGACCUACAGGUCGAGGCCUAUGAGAUUGCUAUACACCAGAAAAAUACUGGUGUGAUAAGACUUUUUGUUAGAUGCUUCCAGCUUGUAAAGAUAAAGGAUAUUCUCAUAUCUCUCUUGAAAACAGAGUUAAAUGCUGACUUGAAAAGAGUGUGUCUCAUGGCAACUCUCCUUGGUGUACAGAACCACUUCUCAACCUCUGAAUUGAUAUUGCCCCUGUUUAUGACUAACCACCUCUCAGAUGCAGAUGAAUUUUUGGAAUCAAGUCCCUUCCAUCAGAAAGAACUGGUGCUGCUCCUGGAUGGUCUGUUGGGUGAAGAAGGGUGUUCCUCAGACCCUCCAAAAUCUCAAGCAAAAAAUCUAAAGAACAUGAGGGACCCAAAAGUCAUUUGUGAUACUAUAGGAAAACUUUUAAAAAAGUUUGACUUCAAUUCCUCCAUGUGUCCUCAUUUUAUGAGGUACAGGGCUUUGGGUGGGUUACGUUUUAUGUUUUAUAAGUAUUACAUUGCCAAGGACAUGCCAAAGUCUGCAUUCUAUAGUUUGAUUAAUGAUACAGUCAAGGAACAUCCAGAUAUUUCUUCAGAUUUACUAAAACUUUUCAUUAGAUAUAUUGAUUUUGAAGGAGCCAUUUAUUAUGUUGCAAAACUAAACCUCUCAGAAGAGGAUACUCCUGAUGAGGUGAUGGAACACAUGAAAAUGUAUCCUGAUCUGCUGGAGGCUAGCAAACACUAUGUAGUUGAAGGUCAGCUUCCAUAUGAUGCAGAUGAAGAAGAAACCAGUGGAUGCUACUCCCUCACUGUGUCAGAAGAAGACAUCAUCCUUGUUGACACCAUUGAAGAGUUUGAGAAGUGUACUGGUCACCUCAAGGCCAGUCCACUGCUGAGUGUGGAUGCAGAGUGGAAACCUACCUUUGGCACAGGCCCAGUGGAGCAUGCAGCUCUGCUUCAGUUUGCUACAGCCACAAAGGUGUUUCUCCUUGAUCUCAUUGUGCUCCAACCAUUACUGAAGGAUUGUCACUGGCAAAGUAUUGGGCAGUUGUUUGCUAAUCCAGAGAUCCUGAAGUUGGGCUAUGGGAUCAGGAGUGACUUCAAGGUUCUGAGUAACUUGCAUGAGGAGAUGAAAAAGGGCAUCAGUUGUGCUAAGAAAAUCACAGAUCUUAAUAUAACAAAAGGCAUUCUAUUGGAGAGAUGUCCCAACAUUUUCUUUUACUCAGAGGAAAAGCACAAAGGCUUGAGUGACUUGGUCUACCGCUGCUUUGGAAAACCACUUGACAAGAGAGAAGGAUUUUCUAAUUGGGCUGCUAGACCUCUCAAUAAAUCCCAAGUCAUAUAUGCUGCAGGAGAUGUCAGGAGUCUUAUUGACAUUUACAAUUAUUUGAAUGAGAGAGCCAAGGAACUAGGUAUUGGUGACUGGAUUAAUUUGGAACAUAAAGGAUCCUCUGGGGAAAAGAAAAAGACAGUGCCUCUUAAAAAAGAAGAACCAAAGAAUGAUGUUCUGGAGAAACAGAGGAAGAGUCAGCAACCAAUCAAUGCAUCAGAUUUUGUUGUCGUUUGUGACAAUAUGCUGCAGGGCCUCGCUAAGAAGCUACGUUCCUGUGGUGUGGAUGCAGAGGCCCUGGAGAAUGAGGAAAGCUGGGAUCGAUGCUACAGGUACUAUGAGAGGGAGAGGAGAACGGUGCUUACCCGAGGAAACAACUACCACAAGCUGACAAAGUACAUUCCAUCACAGUUUGUGUACAGCGUUCAAAGUGAGCCAGUUCAAGAACAGCUGAAGGAGAUAAUAGAGGCGUUCAGUGUCAAGGUAACAUUGAAAGAUGUGUUUGCUCGGUGCUCAAAGUGUAACUCAAAAAAGUACAUAGUAGUGCCUUCAUCAAUAAUCAGUGCCAUGCAGAGUGGUGUUACCAGCAAGAGCGAGGCUCGAGGUGGUUGGGUGGAGUGUGAGGGAGGGGAUGUCAAUGUGCUGAGUGGCUACACCGGUACUGGGGUGCGAGUACGAUUUGAGUCGGUGCCAGUACCAGUGGUGGAGACUAAUGAUCCAUUUUACAUUUGUUCUGUUUGUGGCAAGUGUUACUGGGAGGGAUCACACCACAAGAAAAUACUCAGUGGGAGGCUGAAAGACAUUGUGCUUGGUGGUGAUGAAAGUGGUGCAGUGAGGAACACACCUGGUGACAAGACCACUUGAUUAAUAUUCUGCCUUCAGUGGAGGAAAUGCUUAUAGCAGCAUGGUGUGUGCCUGGGGGUGUGGCACAUAUGACUCUUUAAGAGUUACAGCAACAAAUAAAUUCAAUGCAGUAUUUUUGUAAGUAGUGAACCAGAUAAUAUUUUAAAAGAUUUUUUUUAUUUAUUUAUUUAUUUUAUUUAUUUAUUUUUUUUUUCACCUAUGUUGCAGGAGAUAAAUUUUUCCCUAGGUACUUCAGCAGUGCUUUCAUAAAGUUUGCUGCAUAGGUUCUCAGGUAUAUUUGAAACCAAAUAUUUAAAUUUUUUCAUCCUUUCUGCAAAUUUUACACAUGAUUUUGUUGCUCAUUACUGCAGCUGCUUUUUAUUCAGGAAUUACAUUUUUACUUGAAUGUAUUUUUUUUUUUUUUUUUUAAUUUAUUUAUUUUUUUUUUAUGGAAGAUGACGACCAUUUUUAUUAGUUAGUUUUGUCAUCAAUAUUUUUUUUCAUUAUUUGGAAAUAUUUAGUAUAUAUCCAUAUAGUAGACAAACUUAGGUUAUUUAUGCAUUUUGAACUGUAUUUUUUAUAGGAAUAUUCCACUCCUUGACACACUGUUUGUACAGCAUGUUAGAUAAUCACAAAUUGAGCCUUCAAGGCAUGUAUGGUAACUCAAGCAAAGACUAAUUUUCCGUAUAACGUUGACCAAGGUUAAAACUGAAUAAAUGUGCAGUUCAUCAGGAUUACAGUACAACAAGUACAUAAAUCUACCUGUACUGGUUCUGAAUGUAUAUCUUUCAGUAACUCUUAAGUUCAGGAAAUUCAUACCAAAUGGCAACAUACUCUGUAAUUAAAUUACAACUUAUUUGGAUUUUUUUGUGGCAAAGAAUGUAUAAAACAUGGACUUUAAUAAUUCUAUGUAAUGGCAACUUUUUUUCUCUUCUAUGAUCUACAAAUUUGAUUGCAUCAUUUAAAUAACAUUGGGUGAAAGGUUAAUCCAGAAAUAUAGACAUGUUUGUGGACUAACAAGUUACACAUAUGUAUCAAAUUUCUUAACAUAAAUAGAGGCACAUGAGAAUUGCUUUGCCAAUGAUUUAAUAACACAAAGGCACUUCUUACUAUCAUUUCUUUACCUAACAGACUUGACCAGUAUCAUGAAUGUAAGAUGUUUUGAACUAUAGCUUGAUGCUUGGGAAGAUGAAGGCCAGUUGUUGUGUCUGCCUUUAUAAAUAGUGAAUACAAAUGAAGAAAAUAACUAAAUAUUCAAGAAAGAAAACAGGAUAUCUUAAUUAAUACUGACUACAGCAUGGUGCAUCAGUCAGUGAUGAGGAAUGGGUGGAGCUGUGCAUGUCACCUGUAGCUACACACAUGACCAUGCUAACAGAUUCAUUGGUGCCAGGUAACCAUGGACAGAUGUUAUUAUUCUAUCUUAACUCAUGCCUGAAUUAUUUAUUAUCAAUUUGGUUAUUUGGGUAUGUGCUUUCUAACUGCAGAAUGAGACUUCCUAAAAUUGUAUAGAAAUAAGAAAAAAUAAAUAGUAAUAAUAAAAAAGCUAAAAUAAUGCUACAAAAAGCACAGAAAAAGUUAAAAAAAAGGAAAUCAACAAUGGCUGCAAACAAAAAAAAAAAAAAAAAAAAGAAAAUUAUGGCACUCAGUCCUAACUAAAGGAUUUCCAUAAAGAAAAGGGUGAGUGGUUCUUUUGAUUUUGUUUCCAUAUCUGAUGGAAUAUUAAAAGAAGCAGUAAAUGUGGAGAUUAUCAGUUUUCCUAAAAAUAUCAUGCUCAUCAUUUAUGGGUUAAUACAAAGAUAAUUUUUAUACCACUCAAUGUAUGUUUGAAGGAAAAUUGAAUUUUGGUGGUUCAGUUUGCAUCAAGCUCAUCUAAGUGGACAGAGUUCUUUGUAACUGACUCUCGCAAUCUUUCUUUCCAUCCAUCGCUUUAGCCUCAGUAGCUUGAGUGUGUGUGUGUGUGUGUGUGUGUGUGUGUGUGUGUGUGUGUGUUAGAAGAGAAGAGAUUAUAUUUUGUUUGUAUAUCUAUAUUUAUGUGUUUCCUUACUAGAUAAUGUGUGUAUGUAUGUAUCUAUCUAUAUAUGUAUUUGUAUGUGAAAGGCAAAAUGAUCUAAGGCAGAUGCUUGAGGAUGAGGGCAACAGCCUAAAGUGGGACAGAAUGCUGACCAGAUUGUGUUGAUUGAUAUAGUGAGAGUGUACAGACAAUACUAGAAGACAAAGAUACACUAGCAUUGUACUACACUAACAUUACAGGUAUAAAGGAUGGUCUCACUGUUGCCAACUAAUUAUGGCAAUGUAUCUGUUUUCUAUCAUAAACUAUGCUUAUGUAAUUGUCCAUCAGAUCAAAGGUGCUCUGUAACUUGUAGCAACAUACAAACAAUAAAAUCCUGCAACAUUUGACAAAUUAAAGGAAGGUAACAUUUAAAUCAUUCACACUUAAGAAGCUCUGGAAAGAUAUUAGUCAUAGCUAUAAUUCACUGCAUAUUGAACUUGCGGCAACUAUAUUUUGCUGCAUACCACUAUUUUGAUGGGUGUGAAUUACUUUAUGUACCAGUACUAUAUACUUCAAUGCACCAGAUUUUAGUGAGGAGCAUUUUACCUGUUGAGUUAUGGUAAGUCUAUGUAUUAGCCUUUUAAAGGACUGCCUUGGUGGUUGGUGCAGUUUUGGUGACAUUGCAGUAAAUUUUUUCUGUGUCAUCCAUCAAGACAUGAAAUAUUUGUAAUAUGGUUUUCCAUAUACUUACUCUGUAUGGUCUGGGUACCAAUAUUAUAUUGUAUGUAUUCUGAGAUGGGCAGACAAUCUGAUUGCCUACAUACAUGAAAGAGGCAGAGAUGUUUUCCUAACUUCAAAAUUAAUCUUGUAUUGUACAUCAUUUUAUGAAUUUUGUCUUAUUUUCUGUCAAGUAGGAGUGAAGCAGAUGGAUAUGCAGCACGGCACUAUGUGCACAACAGUGAGUGACUGUUAUAAUGUCUGAAUUCAUUUAUUUAUUUUUCAAUCCAAAGAUGCAAAUAAGUAUGUAUCAAAUAAUAUAAAUAGUGAAAUAUAAAUUUUCCCAUAAUUAAAUAUAUUUUAUGUUAAUUUUGAAUGUGUUGUGAAAUCUUGUAAGAUCCAGAGAUUUCUUCAGAGAAAAAAGUUUCUGAAAAUAUAACAAAUAAGUCAUAUUGCAUAAAGAUAUGUAAUUCUUGACAAAAGUACUUGUGUCUUAACACUUUACUCUCCUAGUCGCUACUUUGAAAAUUGCAACUCUAGUUCAAGGCACCUACCACCAGCAAGUUUGGUAGGUCUUCUCAUAGUACACUAGCUUGUAGAUUCUUGAGGAAUAUUGUUGAUGAUAAUGCUGCUUUUAUAGUGAAAUAUAUAUAUAAUUGAUC